GCUAGCAUAGAUGACGCAGGAAAUGACGCUGCGUAAGUAAAAUGUGGAAAGUGUCGCAUAAUGUUGACGUCAAAGGACUCUUUGUCGCAAAGUGUAACACACGAGGACUAGAGUGCUGAUCUCGAGCAUUUUCAGCCGUCAUGGGGAAACAGAAGAAACAGAAAAAAUAUGCUACCAUGAAAAGAAUGAUCAGUUUAAAGGAUCAGAGGAUAAAAGAACAGGACAGGGCAAAAACACAGAAGAAGAAGAAAGAAGAUCCCUCAGUCAUUAAAGAACAAGAAGUAGCAAAGUACCCAUCUUGUAUGUUCUUUCAAUACAACACCCAGCUUGGACCUCCAUAUUAUAUCCUUGUUGAUACCAACUUUAUCAACUUUUCUAUUAAGGCCAAAUUAGAUGUUGUCCAGUCAAUGAUGGACUGCCUCUAUGCUAAAUGUGUUCCUUGCAUAACGGACUGUGUGAUGGCUGAGCUUGAGAAAUUAGGGAUGAAGUUUCGAGUGGCUUUGCGGAUUGCAAAAGAUCCCCGCUUUGAUCGAUUACCUUGCUCACACAAAGGAACAUAUGCUGAUGACUGCUUGGUGCAAAGAGUAACACAGCACAAAUGUUACAUUGUGGCCACGGUGGACAGAGACCUAAAAAGGAGGAUUCGGAAGAUCCCAGGUGUCCCCAUCAUGUACAUCUCCAAUCACAGGUAUAACAUUGAGAGGAUGCCAGACGAUUAUGGCGCACCACGGAUGUAGAUGUUUGUUUGUUUAUUUGUUUGUUUGUUUGUGUCUUCUGGGGAAGGUGGGGAAAAAUAGGAGGAAAAUGAUCUGCAACCAAUGAAAAUGACUAACCCAAAUCUAAAUGACUAGUCCAAAUCUAGUAGCUGUUGUGGGGAACUUCGGUGAUCUAGGACGUCCUCUUCUUGAUAUUAAUGUGUUAUUGAUUUAAUCAAACACAUUAAAUUGCGUAGUAGUCUUUAACUAUUACAAUAUGUUAACAGCUCACCAAUGCAAUUUUAAAUAAUAAUGAACCUUUCCUCUGAAGCCACUCCCUGGAACUCUUUUAUGUUCAUAGGAUCUUUAGGAUUUUUUUUUUUUUUUUUGUCUUCAUCUUAACAAUGACAUCUCUGUCAGUUGUUUACACAUUUGGUUGGAUCCCUUCUGCUUGGAGGCUGUCAUAAAUAAAAAUCACCAUAGAUUAAUUUAUCAGUAUCCUUGUUUAUGUCAAAUUGUUGUUUGUCAAUUAUUAUUGUUAAUUAUCGUUGGCUUCUUGUGGCUAAAACCAUAUUUACAUUCUGCAGUGCUACACACAGGAUGACUUGAAUGCAGUUAAUUGUAAAAUAGGCUACUGGGACAAUG